UCAAGCUAUCGACACACGGCGGUGACACACACGAUGUUCAAGCUUAUCCUCCUGCAAAUGCUGUCUCUUCUCCCCGUCCUCGUUUCGACGUCAUUAGCGGGUGCAACUCCCGUCACGACCGCGGCCCAGCACACAUAUGCCAAGCGGGACAUCCUGGCAUUCUACGCGACGCAGAAUUGGUUGCAGUUCAUGGCCAAUCUCUUCGCGCAGAACGCGUUCUACGGCGUCGGCGACGGCGUCCCGCAGCUGCAGAACAUCGCGAACCACCUGAAAAACUGCAGUGACGCUUUUGACUCGGCCAAUUUUGCCAUCGCUUCCAUGGUCCCUGCCGGCGCGCUGACCGCGCCUGUAUUCGCGGCGGCCGACCUUGUGUCGACGGAUCAGCUGUUCUUGCCCUCGACGCAGACGACGAUAAGUAAUCGGCCACCUGGGCACGCUGCUUGCGGGCAAGGCGUUCUUCGAGGCGGUGAAGGCCAACGGGCAAAUGACGCGCGUGCUGUGCCACUGGGUCGGCGACCUCGCGCGGGAGAACGACAUCUUCCUCGCCAGCAUGAUUGGCGCGGCUAG